UACUAUGCCUACUUCUCCUUUCGGGGAACCGCGCUUCCGUUGUUCGCAUUCGGCUCUAUGGCCUCAAUACUCCCAGAAUUUUCCUCCUUGGACUUAAUAUGGGCUGGUCUCUCUAUAAUUGUCGGCUCUCCCACCUUCCCUACCUCGCGAGUGGAAUCAGCAUAUUCCGGUCCUGUUAGUUUCCGGCAAAUCAGUAGGAAUUGUGGAACUCACCUCUCUCCAUCAUCGCUUCCUUCAAAGGCUCCUGCCAAAUAUAUAUACUAGAUGAUACUCCUUCAUCAUGUAUUUGUCAGCACCGGGACCUGCUUGCAUCCCAAGCCAUGACGGAGCUGUAGAACAAGCCCACCUGUCGUUAUUGCCACCAGAUAGGGAAAGAGCCAGUUCAGCCUCGGCAUGCCGUUAUCUUGAUGUACCCGUGUGCUAGCUACUCUGAAAUUUAUCAUGCAAGGAGCUAGACCUGCACAAGACCUACAAGGAUCCAACAGGAUGACAAAAAUGAGCUCAGAAUGUUC